AGGUAGGAAAGAAACUAUCAGUUAUCCAUUGUCCAACAGAUGGCAUGCGUCUGGAUUCUUAUGCAUUAUAGCCUUAUACGAAAAUGGCGCACAUCUGUAUAUAUUGUCGUUAAUCACGUCAAGCUCUGUGAUUCUUACGUUUCAAUUAUUAAUUGUUAAUUGCCACUUAUUGCGUCAUGCUGAUUGACAUAAAAUACGAUUCGUCUUGUGUGAUUUUUUAUCAAUUUUGCAUUGUUUUGUAAUUUUAAGACAUAUAAAAUCACGAAUAUCAUCUCAUAGUGCUCCGUUUACCGGUUUGACAGAACAAUUCUUGAUAAUGGAUAUCGAAACUAUAUUACCUCGUGUACUUAUUGCUAGUACUGUAAAGGAUAAGGCUGCUGACAUUGUGAAAAGUUUAGGAUCUGAGCAGUUGGUAGGACAAAGUGAUACUGACAAUUAUAUUUGGAAUAUUGAUAAUAAAUACUAUACAGCGCAAAUUUUAUUGUGCACAACCGAGAAUCCAUGGACAAAUAUAUCACUGUACGAGGGAAUUGAAGCACUGAUCAUUUAUCAUGAUCCACAAGCAGAGCAAGCUGCACAGUUACUGGAUGACUGGAUGCCAUUAAUAAAUUCUAUAUCCGAGGCUGAGAUACUCCUAUUUGUUUGCAAUGCACUUCCUGAUGGAGCUAUCAAAGAUCAAGUCGUAGAAUGGUGUACUCUUCACAAGUUUGAAUUAGUUGAAUUUGGAUCUGUGGAUGCUAAAGAAGUAGCAGAUCAAGAAGAUGAGAAUGAAAAACAUGGAAUCGAUAGAAUCAUUGAAGCUUUACAUGCACAUGCAUGGCCUAAUAUGGCAUUGAAAGGUCCUUAUUUUUAUUAUUCCUAUACAAAGAAGUAUCACUGCCAUAUUGUCAUGAAAAUUGUAUUCACAGAUCAAAAUCCUAUUACAGAAAAGGCAUCUUCAGACGUUAAUAACGUGGGUGAACAGUUGGGAAAUAUUCGCUUAGCUAAUGCAGAUACUUUACAUAUGGAUAGUAUAUUAGAUGGUAUUAUGGGUGCAGAAAAUACAGAUUUUGGUGAACUCUUUGGUCAGUUAAUGGCCAUGAAGGAACAUGCAGCAUCUUUACCAGCAAAUGAAAGAAGAAUCGCGGCGGAACAGUUGGUUACUGCUUUUUGGAAAGCAAUGGGAGGUGAUCCAUCAGAGAUAGAAGAAUCUGAUUAAUAUAUAGCUGAUGAAAUUAUAUUUAAAAUUAUUGUAAAAAUCUUUUGGAGUAUAUCUGUAUAAUACCAAUGUCCUUGAUAGGAGUAUUGCUAAUUGUAGCCAGUCAUUACGUCACAUUUAUGAAAAUUAAUUCUUGUAUGAUUUACAAAAUAGCUCCUACAAUAUCAUUCAUAAUUCUUGUGACCAAUUUUAAAAAAUGUAAUUAUAUCUACUCAAAAAUCAUUCAAAAGUUUUGAUAAAAGACUUUGUUGCUCCCUGAGGAUCUAUAUGAUUUUCUCAGCAAUUCAUUCUUCGUAUAUGUAUAAUUUACAACAGUAAUAAAAUCCUGAGCAUUUUUAA